AUUGGUUUGCAAAGAACACUGACUCUUUUGAAGCAUAUUUCAGUGCCAAAAAAUGAACCGCGGAUAUAUAGAAAAUAAUAAUGUCCCACAUGAUAAUAAUCAAAUGGUUUUGGAUAUGAUUCUUUGUUCUUUAAUUGGAGUUCCUCAACCUAUCAACUGGGAAAAUGUGGCAAGACUGGUUCCAGGGUAUUCAUCCAAAGAGUGUGCAAAAAGGUUUGAUGAGCUGAAAAGCAAUGGAAGUUCUCCCGUGGAUAACCAGUUCAAUCCACUAAUGGCCAGUGGUGCGAAACCUGUGGAAACACUAGCUGGUUAUAUUAAAUCAUCGCUACUUGAUACUCAGGAUGAGUUACAAGAACCCUCUGGUGAAAAUGAUGCAAUUUCUUUAAAUGGAAAGUCAAGUAUAGCUUCCUCAAGGAAUUGCUCUUCAGAAAGUGAAAAAUGCCCUGCACUUAAAGGUGGAGAAAAUGCUGAUGAAACUGAAGGGCCAAAUAUGGUGAUCCAUGUGUGUGAUGAAGCAAAAAAUCUGAAGGAAGAUUUUGUUUGUCCACGAGAUCUAUUAAUUUCUGAAAUGAAGUACUUUGCCGAAUAUCUAUCAAUGGAUGCCCAACGCUGGGAAGAAGUGGACAUUUCAGUUCACUGUGACGUUCACAUCUUUAACUGGUUGAUAAGAUAUGUUAAAAGGAACACUAAGGAAUAUGAGGUUGAUGAAAUACCCACCUUAGAACCAAGCAAUGUCAUUUCAAUACUUAUUUCCUCUGAAUUCCUGAAGAUGGAUUCUUUAGUAGAAAAAUGUAUUAAUUAUUGCCACAAGAAUAUGAGUACAAUUGUAGCCACGCCAUGCAAUAUGAACUGCAUUAAUGCUAACCUACUAACCCGCAUAACUGAUCUUUUCACACAUAAUGAAGUAGAAGAGGUAAAGGACAAGAGAGAUAAAUUUAAGAGCAAACUUUUCUGUAAGAAGAUAGAAAGACUGUUUGAUCCAGAGUAUCAGAAUGCAGAUUCUAAGGGAAACGCAGCAACCCUUUACAGAUGUUACUUAUGUAAGAAACUUCUUAUUCAGGAUACUGAAAGAAAAAUCCCAUGUAUUCCUGGAAAGAUUAACGUGGAUCAAUAUGGAAAUAUACUCUAUAUUCACAUAAGAGAUAAAUCUUGGGAUAUCCAUGAGUAUCUCCUGAGUCUUUUUGAAGAAUUAAAAUCAUGGCGAGAUGUAUACUGGCGUCUUUGGGGAACUAUUAACUGGUUGACCUGUUCAAGGUGUAAUCAAAUUUUCCUGUGCACUGAGUUUUCACAUUGCCAAUAUCAUCCUCAACCAGUCCUCUAUCCUGGUGUAGCAAGUUGUCUUGGUUCCACUGGUACCGGAAUAUAUCCCUGCUGUAACCAAAAAGUUCUUAGAUUUGAUCCUGCUCCUAUUCCAAAAGGAUGUAAAGUAAGAGAUCAUGUGAUUGGCUUGCCUCCUGGAGGUGAAGGUGGGGAUAAUGUGUCCUAUCAGACAGCUAAAAUACUGAAUGAUCUGAUUCAACACCGAAAUAUUAUUGUUCUGCCCUUUUCAAAAGACCAGAACAGCAAUUCUGGAAUAGGGCUGAAUGAUGAGAAGGGUUUUGAAUGUAGUAUUUUACUGGAGCCAAAUUCAUCAUGGGGGCCCAAAGCAGGAGAAAUUAAUGCUUUCCUUUCUCUGAAAAACUGGACUCUUCAGCUGAAACAACAGUUGCUACUUUCAGAAGAUGAUGAAUACACAACUGGGUCUGAAGUCACAGAGGAUGAAGUAGGGGAUGAAGAAGAAGUGUCCAGGAAAACAGGAAGAAAAGAGAGGCCAAAAAAAUUGAUCAGAAACCCCAAAAAGCAAGUAUCUUCACCUAAUAUUCAAAAGAAGGAAAAAACGUUAGAGAAGCCUAACUCUCGAGACACAUCUCCCUUUAUAAUGAGUAUGCAGCAGAGUAAGUGGGAUCCUUCCAGAUCACUAAGAUUCAAUCAAGAUGCUCAAAGAGAAGAAGAUCAGCGGCGAAUGAUUGAGAUAACACGACAUCUAAUAAAAAUUAGGUUGGGAGAUCUUGAUCGUCUAAAAUCAAAAGAAAACAAAGAAUCUGCAGCCGGAAUUUAUGCAAGACUUGAAGCUCAGAUCAGGGCAGCUGCACAAGUCAAUAUUCGUCAGAAUAUUCCUGAAAAAAUGAUAAGGACAAAAGCUCGAUUUGGUCAAAGCCGCCCAACUUAAAAACAAAACCUAGAGAUUUUCUGCGCUGAACCCAAAGCACUUUCCUGCCUUCUGCAACUGCUUCCAAGAUUCCAGAAACGGGGCAUGCUUCUUCCGAAAGGUUUCAGUGACUGACAUUCUCGUCUGCCAUGUUAAUUAUUCUGUUUUAAUGAAUUAAUACCCAUUUUUCAUCUGUUGUAAGUUGUAAAUACACCAUUUUCUCUUAAGCAAAAUGGUGCAUUUAUAAGCCUGCAAAACAAAAUGUAAAGCCCUUAUUUGACUGAGGGUGGAAAAAGUGGUGCUAAUGAAAUUAAGAAUUUCAUAUUUUGCUAUCAAUUUUUAGUAACAGUCAAACCUGGCCUUUUUAUAUACUUUUGCUUUAUCUGGCAACGAUAUUAACUUGUAAUGAUUUAGUUGUAUAAAAAUAAGGUGGUAAUGCCUUGGCAUCCUGUUUAAAAUCUUGAUCUUAUUCCUGUUCUGCCAUUAAGUUUUCCUCUCUAAAGUGUUCUCUCUCAGUGAGACAGUGUGCAUGUUAAUAGGUGCUUCCUUUCCAAACUUCUUUUCUUUAAUGCUUAAAUAAAAAACAGUUAAGAGAAAAAACUACACUAUUUUAUGGGUGCAGGGAACCCCACAAUCUUUUUCUGCACUGAAGUGCCAAAUAUGACAAAUGAUAAGGGUAAAGUCCAUGCUUGUAAGGAUAAGGUUUUUUUAUAACUGAUUUAUGUAUACAUCUCUUUGCAAAAUUAAAUCUUUGUUUAGAAAGAUUUGUGUAUGAAGGCUUCAAGUUGUCAACCUGCUCCUUGAUAUUAAAUUGAAAACUAGAAGUCAUUCAUCUCUUAAAUGUAAUAACACCUUUUGGCAGAAAUGGAUUCUAUGAAGUGCUGUAAAGAUAGAAGUAGACUGAAGAGCUAAUGUAUGUAGUCCUAGCUCAGCAUUUCUCUUCUGCAACCAUCCACUGCAUAGAAUAUUGCAUAGAAGCAUCUGCAGGAUUCCUUUUAAGAGCUUUAAGGGAAGAAAGACCUCUCUUCCAACUCAUCAAUCAACAUUUUGCAGCUCCUUCUCCCAUCUACAGGUAAUCCUCACUUACCGCUUCAUAUGGCAAACUGUUUGAAGUUAGAAUUGUGUAAAAAAAAAAAAGCUUUUCAACCAAUCGUCACAUCUAAGACCUUUGCAGCAUCCCGCUGUAAUGUAAUUGCCAUUCGGGUUCUUCACAAUUGGUGCAUAUUUACAAAUGUCGCAUCUUGUGGGCACAUGAUUACCAUUUGCUUGCUUCCCAAUCAAUUAACAAACAGAG